UUGUCUUUCUUUUGCAUUUCCUCGCACGGAUAACAGAAGCAAAGCCUACGCAAACAUGCCUGUGUCAAGGAUGAGGAUGAGGCCGUGGCUGGAGAAGAUGAUCGAGUCCAACGCCGUCUCGGGUCUGUCUUGGGUGGACGAGGAUAAGACCAUGUUCUCAAUCCCCUGGAAGCAUGCAGCACGACACGGCUGGGAGAUGGACAAGGACGCGUGUCUCUUCAAACUGUGGGCCAUUCACACAGGGAAAUACGCCGAGGGCCAGACCUGUGACCCAAAGACAUGGAAAGCCAACUUCCGCUGUGCCCUGAACUCGCUGCCCGACAUCGAGGAGGAGAAAAAGAAGAGCGUCAACAAAGGCCACCAGGCCAUGCGUAUCUUCAGGAUGCUGCCGGCCACGCCGAAAUCCAGCGAUAAACGGCGCAAACUAAAGGAAAUGAAGUUACACAAGAAGACUUCUGCGAUCAAGAUGGAGGAAGACACAGACUACAGUGACACGCAGUCACCGUCGGGCGAUUCGCUCUCAGAGGAGACCACACAGGAAAACACAGUCGACAGCACUGUACACACAGAGCAGGAAGAAUUACAGUUUUUUCCUUCGUCUGAAGUCCCCACGGAGAUCGUCGAUGACGGGCCCGGGAGCUUCUCGAACAGCUUUUAUAACAGAUUCCAAGUUUCACCAGAUCACAUUACUGACGACGUCGAUGACGUGAUUCAGAUUUGCCAGCAACUGGAGAAAGACCUACACUGGGGCUCAAGCAGUAAUGAAGGCAUGGGAUUCCUGCACAAUGAACCGGACACAAGUCCGGGGAGCCAGUGGAGUGACGCUUCCUCAGUCGACGAACUGGAUGAAUUCCCACAGUACACAACCCUGUGCUCAAACUUCAUAAACCCCACAGACGACAUCUGGUCAUGCUUUCAGGAUCAGGAACCCCCAUGUUCUGAGCGUCCCCGGGACGGAACAGGACAAUGCUUAGAGACUUUUGAGACAUUAGGAAGCUCCUUCCUGACCGCCGUGCUCCAUUCCAGUCUGUAACAGGCGGUGUCAACGGAACAUAAGCUCAACAACCAGAACAAAAAAAAACUAAAGUCACUGCAAACACUGUGUGUUUGACACUUGGAGCCCCGUUUGUAGAGCUUUUCCCUCAUCUCACUCGACCGUCAUGUGAAGUUCUGAAGAGAAGACGCGAAGUGCACCGCUGUUGUUCUUUAUUUCUGGUUUUUGUGACUCAUCGCUGUGGCAGAAUAUGUACUUAUCAUAUGCAGCUAUUAAUACAUUUGUGAAUGUGUCAAUACAUGUAAAAUCUGAAGUAAUAAUUCAUUUUUUAUCCGUUAGUGAGGGCAUAGGAUAUUAGUUUAUUGGGGCGAUAAGGCAUUUUGACAAACUGCGUAAGUAAUCAAACAAGCAUCUCAUCUUCUGGUAAAAGAAAAAAAUCUCCUCAUAACCCUGUAUUUGGUUUUCAUAAGGCAAUUGUUAAAGGAAUUGUGUAAAUAGUUGUUUUUAUAAAAUAAAUUUAUUUAAAAAAAAACAAAAG